CGCCAGGCCUAUUGCUGAAAAGUGCUCUGUACGUCAAGCCGGAGGUUUGUACGCGUCCCUGGUUGACCAGGUCUGCUAGAGUUCUGGUUGAGGAACUUCUGUUGGUGUUUGGGGCCGCAGGAAUCUGCAACCAUGGAUGACUCACAUGUGCCUCGAGACCUCCUUUAGACUUGGGUUUUCCUGAAGUCCUUGCAGCUACGCUAAAGUUGAAUGAAUUGUAGAACAGACCUAUGGUAGAAUUAGAAUUUUGAAGCACUGUCUUGAAGACACAAGACUGUAAUUCUGGCUACUUGGGAAGUGGAAGCAGGCCUGCUUGGUCUACAAGGCCUGUGGUGGCAGAAUCAACAUUGAACUAUGCUUCGUGGUGUUCUUGGAAAGGCCCUUCGACUUGCUGGCUAUACCAUUCAAUAUGGGUGUAUAGCUCAUUGUGCUUUUGAAUACGUUGGUGGUGUUGUAAUGUGUUCUGGACCAUCAAUGGAACCCACAAUUCAAAAUUCAGAUAUUGUCUUUGCAGAAAAUCUUAGCCGACAUUUUUAUGCUAUCCAAAGAGGUGAUGUUGUAAUUGCAAAAAGUCCAAGUGAUCCAAAAUCAAAUAUUUGUAAAAGAGUAAUUGGUUUGGAAGGAGAUAAAAUCCUCACUACCAGUUCAUCAGAUACCUUUAAAAGCCGUAAUUAUACAACAAAAGCUCUAGCGACUAAAAUGUCAAUGACUGUGGGAGAAUACAGCAGCACAGAAUGUCACAGCUGUGGCGGGGACCAGGCCAAGAGCUGCAGUGUGAGAAGGACUACCAGACUGUGAGGAGGAAAUGAAUCCACAGGAAAAGGAGCACCAUACAAAGAAGAAAUGCCACCUGACCUUCCGCACCCACCGGUGGGAAGCAGAGCAAGACCAGCUCAAGUCUAAGGAAGAAACUAAACAAGAAAGACAACUAGCUGCUCUUGGUUUUGACACACCCAUGUCAGCUGGGUCAAGUAAUCAAACAGAACUGGGGGGAGCAGUUAAAGUUGGAAGUAAGCCCUCCUAAAGCCUCACAUCAGCCCUGUUCAAUCAGGCUCUCCAACGGUGCUCACUCACACCACAAUUACAACUAUGUUUUUGCCUAUAGGCUUUUAAUUAUUUGUAACUAAUUUUGUAUUCAAAAUUAAUAACAAAUAAGCUUAAAAUACUUUUCAUGAUAAAAAUAGUUAUUUGCAUUCAUGUGAAAGUAAACUAUUUUGAGUGACAAAGAGAUGAGGAGGGACUCUCGUGGACAGUUCAUCUCUGCUCUCCCUACCCUCGUAAGAGGCUGGGCCCAGCUGUCCAGAUGGAUUUUCUGCAUCACUUCACAUACUUAUUUUCCCAGAAACAGUCAGCUAAAAAACAAACCUCUCGAUGCUUAUCUACAGGUUCUUACCUGAAGCAAAUUUUUACGGUCAAUUUUGAAAUUCCUAAAAUCAAACUGAACUCCUAAUCUGACUAACUUACGUAUUUUAUAAGGGUCAGCUUCAGGACAUAAUUUACACAAUUAUCUACUGGCCUCAAGUUAUUAGUACUAGCAGUCCAAAUUUAUAUUAUUUACAUUUAAGAGCACAUUUCCCCCUUUCUUAUAAACCAUCUUAAACAUAAAGGCUUUUUUUCAGAAAAAAAUUCCAAUUUUACACUUGAGAUUUAGUGAUUUGAAUACAGGAAUAUCUGUGGAACUUAAAGAUUCAUUCCUCAUCGGUUCAAGAUUCAUUUCCUUAUCUUCCAUUUUCAAAUAUUCAUCCUAAUAAAGAAUUGAUGUGAAUUAUAUAAUGAAACAUCAGAAACAACUUGCUAUAUCUCGCAAAGAGCAGCAUCUUAGUGUAUGUUCUGCCAAACCCCUCCAACCAGGCUGCUUAGGCAUCUAUGCACUUGUGCACUUGGCAGAAUGAAGGUACACCAUUCCCAAAACAGUUUACCCACAUUAACAGAACAAGAUGUACUCUAAUUUGAAGAGUCCAAGAAUAAAAAUAUAAAAAUGUAGAUUCCAAAAAUAAGAAUGUAAAAAUAAAGAAAUAUAAAGUUGUAAGUCUAGGAGAAUGAGAACAGUCUGCCAGCAGCUGUCUCAGCAGCUUGAAAAUUAACUAUGAACAGUGGGUUAUUUCGCUUUACAACCCAUAGCUCUAUUUACAAGGCCAAAGCAUCUCUCUGCAAACUGAGAGCUAACGUACGGAUAUGAGCUGAGUCAACUUUUAGGAGAUAGAUAAAUGACCUCUUGGUUAUGCAUUAUUCCUGCUAUGUGAAACUGGCAGCAUCAAAGGGGAGAGCACGGGGCUUCAGUAAACACCGCCUGGAAGUACCAAGGAAGACAACAGGUUACUAAUUUAACUGAAAAACUCCAUUAAUAGAGAUUGGAAAGUAAGGCAAUCUGUAUCUGAGUUUUACCUUGAGAUUGUAAACAUUCCUUUGUUCAGACCUAAUGCUUGGUGCCCCUACUAUAAAAAGAUGGGUUCAGAAACUGGCCUUUUGCCACAGCCUAACAAACACCAUCUCUGGCUGUAGUCUCAGCUAGCCGAUAAGCUUCUGUGCUCUGCGGUGUUUUUUGUUGUUGUUUUGUUUUGUUUUGUUUUGUUUGUUUUUAUUUUUAAGUUUGCUUCUGGUUUUCCUGGAAUC